CGGAUGGACCCUGCACGCUUCUCCGCUGAUCCGACGCACAGUGUGCCCAUAAGGCCCAUUCGAUGUAUACUUACGAGAGCGCACGAGCCUAGCCAGCGAGCGAACGAACGAACGGAGCGGCCGACCGAUCGAGCGAACGAAGUGGGACCGCAGAAAAUAAUUGGAGGUGGGGGCUGAUUCAAGAAUCGACGUGGACACCCUCGCCUUCCAAAGUCAUUCACCUAACGGUCAUCGUCGCGUCAAGAAUCUUCUUCUUCUUCUUCUUCUUCUUCUUCUCUUCUUGCCACCUCUUCCGUUAUCCGGUUGGACCCAAUGGUGAUACCUCGACGACGAUGGUCCUACGAUGGUGAAUCGGGAACAAAGGGGGUUUGUACGAUACAUCGGGAAUAGUGGGCUCGGCUUUCGGAGAAUCAGUCCUUUAUGAAGGAUCCGAGUGACGUUUUUGGACAGAGUACUCGUGGAAUAGUCGAUCGUUAACGUGUAACGAAUUGUUCUCAAUUGUGAUCCCGUUUAUUUGAAUUUGUGUGAUCAAGAUUGAAAAAUUGUCGUACGGUGACAUUUGUUUUUUUUCUUUUUUUUUUUUUAUUUGUUCUUGUUGGUGCUGUUCACCAGACACAGAGUGAACUCUUUGGAAAAUUUCCAUGGAACUUGUGCUUCAUCCGACGCUUCAAGUGACUCCGUUCGAUCAGUGAUCGUUGGUGAUUCUGUUCGUAACUGUUCCUAAUAUGUUGUGAUGACAAAGUGUCGGAUGCUGUAUCUUAUUUGAGGAUCGUCCGUUUUGACGAAUCUCGCGCAGUGUUAAUCUCGUCCAAGGUAUGUGAUCAUGUCACGUCGACCCGAAAGAUCGGUUAAAACUUGGAACAAACGAAUCUGACAACUGGCAAUUACGAGUUUCUUCAUCGCGGUUUAAUUCGAAUGGCAUCAACGCUGUCGCUGAACGGUUAAUAACAACGUAGGAUCGGGCAUUUUCGUCUCUCGUAUCUUCCUCCACCACGUUGUUUCGCGGAAUCACGUUUAGAAACGAAUCGGUACGCCUACGAGUCGAGCAGAAGAACCGAAGGACGGAGAUGAAUCAACAGUGCAAGGUGUGCGGCGAACCCGCGGCAGGCUUCCACUUUGGCGCGUUCACCUGCGAGGGCUGCAAGUCCUUUUUCGGCAGAUCCUACAAUAAUCUGAGCAGUAUCUCCGAAUGUAAGAAUGGCGGGGAGUGCGUCAUCAAUAAAAAGAAUCGAACAGCUUGCAAGGCCUGUCGUCUAAGGAAAUGCCUACUCGUCGGCAUGUCGAAAUCGGGCUCGCGAUACGGACGUAGGUCCAACUGGUUCAAAAUUCACUGCCUGCUGCAGGAACAACAGCAGCAACAACAGCAACAGCAACAACACUAUCAACAGACCCUGUCCAACCAACCACUUACGCCACAACGAAAACCAAUGAGCCCGCCUAUCGGACUACACCCAGGUCAGCGAAAGGAUGACGUGCUGAUGCUAGGUCUGGACGACUACAAGAACUCGACUUCCCCUAGCAUCAGCUCCCCCGAAUCGCACAACAGCGACAGUUCUGUGGAAAUAUCCGAAAGAAGAGCAGCCUUCUCGGGCCAUCCAGGCUUCAGACCCCUACAUUCGCAGUUGCAACCCUCGGUCGCUGAUCUUUCCGCGCUCAGCAAAGAAAUGAUGAGUUUACCCCUCGGUUUUCACCUCGGUGGGAUGUCCUUGAUUCCACCCGCCUUCUUACCACCGCCAAGCCUCACCAUGUUCUCUCCCUAUCAUUUAUACGCCACGUCCCACGGAGCCUCCCAUCCCUUGGUGCCCAACCAUUCUUCCAAUCUACUUCGACACUCGCCCGUGAUCGAGGACACGAGCAGUACGAUCAGUACCGCAACCACCACCACUACCACGACGAUAAGUAUCGAUAGCAAAGACUCGUGUGGAAAUAACAACAACAACAAUAACAAUAACGAUAGAUAUGCGCAUAACAAUAACGUGCAAACGAGGCAGAGUUCGAAUGAAGAGAUCGGAGAAACGUACACCAAACGAUUCUAUUUGGACGCGGUGUUAAAAAGUCAGAGAACGCAGGAAGGUUCCACAGCGGCGUCUACGAAGGAACACUCCGAAAACGAUUCGCCAAUAUGUAGCCCGGGAUUGGAAACGGAUUGUCCACCUCCGCAAGACAAUCCCAUAGAUCUGUCCAUAAAGUCGGCCCCCACUUCCGUGACCGAGGAAACGGAAGAGGACGAAAUCGACAUGGAGAACGUGAGCGAUCGGGACAGUCCUCCUCUGAAAAGGAAGUCGGUGCCUAUAGAUCUGACAACGAGAUCCUAGAGAAGGCAAGAUUUACUUACACUCUCGUUGAUCGAAACAUCGUUUGUCCGCUGAGAAAACAAACGGAAUAAAUGGAUUUCGAGCGCGAGGAAAAGUAGUUGAUCGAUAUGCCGGAUUGCCAGAUACGGCUCGUGAGAAAGGGACCCGUGAUAUCGUAAUCAAUUACAUUCCCCUUUCUCUCCCCCCUCCCGGAUCAUGUCAAUCAGGAAGACUCAGCGGGUGUUCGAAUAGUCGAGCAAGAUUCCCAGAAUCGUGCGUUAUCUUUAAUUGCGUUCCCAGUCAGAUCAUUGGCGGAUAGCUUUUGAUCGAGCUCGCGGAGACAAAUCGUUCGCGCCGAAUAGUUAAACGCGAUUCGCGCCAGCCUCGCGAUUCCCGGCAUAAAUAUCCGUGCCAGUUGGAAGAAUGAAGGAUUAACGUCUCAAUUCCGGGUAAUCACGGCGAGGAUCGCGAGUCGCCGAUCGAUGGCUUGUUGCGCAAAAGCCAAUCGACUUUAACGAGAGUCCUCCGCUUUAAUUAACGAGCGCGCGCGCUCGAGCGGUAAUCACGUAAGACGGAACGAGACGGAGAUAGGGUGAGAUGGUGCGGUGAGGAGAGAGAUAAAGGGAGGCCAGACAACCGGCGUCUCACGCGUUUGCAGAAGCGGGAGAGCGACCACGGUGCAACCGUGGUGCAUCGGUUGAUAAACACGUCAAACUGCAGGGUGCACGUGUUCGGAACGUGCGUUACAAACCGGUGUACACGUGUAGAACCGUUGCCAACCGCUUUAUCUUACAAGCGUUCGACGCCUGCCAAUGUAAACGCCUCCGUCGCUGCCGCUUUGCCACUUCUUCUCUCUGCUUUUGUCCCACGUCUAUUUAUUACAUCCUUGCGGUUGAGGAAUUUUCGAUAAUGAUACGAAGAUCGUCGAUCGCGGAAGAACCGUGUUUUCGCCGGAUGUCCAUGACGAAUCCAACGAAUGUAGCUUUGAGAGGGACAGAAUUUCGAUAAAAUAAAUUCUCGCGCUUCUUUUCCUUUCCAAGAAUCUUCUUCUCGUUGAAAUUGCAUGGACGAUACUUUUCCAAUCUUCGUUGGCCAAUUCCUCGAACACAGAUUUGCUUUUGUUAAGAUAUUAAGUCAUGCGCGAUCCGAGUCGCUUGAAAAAGAUGCUUUUUAAUUCCGCGAGAUUCGAUCGAUCGUGUUUGAUCGAUCCUUGAGAGAUCCGGGAAAUUUCCGGAUGCAAACGAGAUAUGACGAUUUCGAGACAAUAAAGAAUACUAUGUAUUUAAUCGUCUUCAACCGUUCUUCCACCUUAUAAUCGUUUAUAUAAGGUAUGAUGUGUAAAUAUCGAGCGGGAACGAAGGUAUUUUUUUCGCGUUUCUAUUAAUCGUGAUAAUAAAUUUUUACAGUGCGAAAACGAAAAGUAUUAAUGAUAUCUCCAUACUUUUCGUUAUGAAAGUAGUCAAUAAAUGGCCAGUACUUUGUUUAAUGAAAUUGUUGAUUAUAUUAUCGAUAUCAAAUACGUGCAAUCGUAAAUGAAUUUUAUUUAAUUGAUAUCUAUGUUCGUACACGGGCACGCUGUAAUUCCAUUUACCCAAGUAUAACAAAUAAGACGGGGACGAAAAUGUAAAUAGUAGCUAGGCAAGAUUUGCGUGAAUGGGACCCGGGCCAGUACUUACUUGUAUAUAGCUGAUAGAUAAUAAACUAAUAAAUUACAAUGCUCGAAAUAAUUAGAAAAUGUGAUCAAAUAUUAGGAUUAAAAAAUAUUAUGCAUAUGUUGUAAAUUACAAAAUUGGUUACCAGAUAUAUCUUUAAGUAAUCCCCUAAUUAAUUUGAGCAAUGUAUUUAACGAAUUUAAACAAUUAUGUAAAUCACUUUUUCUUAAGAAUGAAUUCAUGAAUUUAUCAAUGAAAUACAGAUAUGAUAUCAAUAUGAUAUUUUUCAUGCAUUUCAAACAUAUACUAAAACUCUGCUUUAAACUAAUGCCUAUUGAUUAUAAACCUAUGCUAUAUUUCACAAGUAAAGUACAAGUCUAUAAAUCCCAGGGCCCUUAUAUUUGUAAAUAUAAAUUACUUUUAAAAGACACAGUGGAGAUUGCAGUGUAAAAUUUUAAUCAGAAAAUAUUAGCAACAUUUACUUACUUAAUUUACUUUGUUGAUUGACAAACACUUUUUAAAGCGAUUUUGUGAAAAUUUUUAACGCAAUAACCAUUAACUAGUAGAAUUAGCAAUUUGUUAGAAAUACCACUCACUGCCACUUCAAUUAGUUAAAAUGUAAAAUUAGAAUGAAUUAUUGUACAGAAUUUUGGUACAAAAAAAUUACAAACAUAUUAGCAAAAAAAUUAUAAAUUGUUAAAAAUAUAUGAUUAAUUUGAAAUUA